AUGGGAAAUGUUUGCUGUUCAAAUUAAGAAGUUGGGAGAUUGAAUCUUCAACCAAUGAUUCCAUUGAUCCCAACUGACGAAGCCUCUUUGGAUGAAACCAAAAUUGUGAAAUUACAAUCAAGUAUUAGACGUUACCUUGCGAAAACAAAAUAAAAAUAAAAAUCAGAGGCAUCAGCCACUACUGCCCCUUAAGUUUAAUCUAAAGUGAGCGAAUAAAUAGUUUCAAUAAUAGAAAUGAUUCCCAAAGAUGCAUAAAAAGUAGAGUGGCCUUAGAAUUUGCUUUAAGCAGUGCAAAAUAAAUUAAAGGAGUUGCCACCUUUAGUGUAAUUGACACAUUAAUGCUAUCUAUUGAAUGAUGGUUGCUAUUAUCAAGGACCUUUUGCAGAUUAUUAAAAAGAAGGAUUUGGAAGAUAAAUUGAUUAAGAUGGUUCUUUAUAUGAAGGAGCAUUCAAAUAGAAUGUAAAAAAAGGAAAAGGAAGAUAGAUAAGUUGUGAUGGAAGUGUAUAUGAAGGAAAUUUUGAUGAUAAUGAAUAUGAUGGAUAUGGUGAAUUUUAGGAUUCUUAUGGGUUUGUCUAUAAGGGAGAAUGGAAGUAAUCGUUAUUCCAUGGAGAAGGUCAUGAAAUAAAUGAAUAAUUCUAAUACAAAGGAGCAUACAAACAGGGACACAGAACUGGAUACGGAGAGAUCAUAUAUGUGGAUGGUAAUAAGUAUAUGGGAGAAUUCCAGAAAAAUCGGUUUGAGGGCUUUGGCAUUUUCAUAUAUGCAGAUGGAAGAAAAUAUGAAGGAAGUUGGAUGAAUAACUAGAUGCAUGGGAAAGGUACGUUUUCUUGGCCUAAUGGUCGUAAAUACACAGGAAAUUAUCAUUUAGAUUUGAAAGAAGGUUUUGGGGAGUUCAUAUUUGAAAACGGAAGUAGUUAUAGGGGAAUGUGGAAACAAGGAAAAUAGCAUGGACAUGGAGUUAUGAUUUCAGAAUUAGGAGAUCAAAGAGAAGGAGAAUGGGUUGAAGGAAGAAGAAUAAAAUGGAGAUGA